AUGAAGCUACUUGUAGUGUUUACUGGACUAUUAGCGGUUUAUGCUGCCACCCCUAUAUUCCCAGUUCCCACUGUGCCUGGUGACAACAGUCAUUAUAAAGAGGGCGACAGCCGCUACAUAUGGAUACUCAACGGUGAUGACGAACCGCGUCUUGUGGACUUAAAGGAGCCUGUUGAUGAGCAAAUUCUAAGCACCAGAAAUGGUGCCGACAAUGAAUAUUGGCUCUUUACCAGACGUAAUCCUACCAACGCACAAAUUAUCCGAAAUGGCGAUGUUAAUUCUAUAAAAAACUCUAAUUACAACCCUAACACACCUUUAAAUGUAAUCGUGCACGGUUGGAAUGGCAACGGAAAUAUUGCUUUUAAUAGCAACGUUCGAGAUGCUUUUCUUACCGUAUCUGACUGUAAUGUCAUCGUCGUCGACUGGCGCGAUCUCGCCAACCAAGGUUACCUAACUGCUAUCAACGGCGUACCCAGCGUAGGACAGCAUAUCGGCGAUUUUCUCCAAUGGCUUAUCACCAAUGGUGGAGGCAACUGGAACAUUAUACAUCUUGUUGGCUACAGUUUAGGAGCUCAUGUAGUUGGCAAUGCUGGAAGACAGAGUGGAAGUCGUGUUUCUAGAAUUACAGGUUUGGAUCCAGCUGGUCCCUUGUGGGUAGGAAACAGGAAUGCCUUGCGAGACAAUGACGGUCAAUAUGUGGAAGCCAUCCAUACUGAUGGUGGACUUCAGGGUAUUAUGAAUGCUAUUGGUCGCAGUAACUUUUACCCGAACGGUGGUAGGAAUCAACCUGGUUGCACUUCUAGCGCCUGUAAUCACAGUAGAGCUCAUGAGUUAUUUGCAGCAACUGUCAGAUAUAACCAUUUAGUUGGGCGUCGAUGCACCAAUAUUCAGCAAGCUGAAAACCAACAAUGCACUGGGGCCACAAUGGACAUGGGAAAUGUCAUUUUAUCAAAACGUGGUGAGGGUAUCUUCGGUUUGACAACUGGGGCCAGCUGGCCCUUCUAAAGGAAACUUCAAUAACUACGAGAAACGAAUUUACGGCACAAUUUUUGAAUAAAGUUAUUCCU